CACAUCCAUAUACGUAUACAGUACUUGCAACGGUUCAGUGAAAGCUGGUAAAGACGGCAGUGAGGGCUGCCGCCGUUCUGUGGCGCUGAGCAGCACAAGGACAACAAACUAACUUGUGCCGACGUCAUCAGUCCGCGCCGUACGGGGAAAACGAAACGUGGGGAAGAAGCAGAGAGAGAGCGAGGUAAAGAGGAGAGUCCCCCCCCACGUGAAUCGGUGUGAACAUGGCGUCGAUUCAAGAACCAGAGGUCCAGUUCGCACAGAGAUUAGCUUCCAACGAGAAGCCCAUUCGGACCAAGGCUAUAAAGAAACUGAGGAAAUACAUAAACGUCAGGUCGCACAACCCAACAGGUGGAUUCACAGGUGAUGAGCUGCUCAAGCUGUGGAAGGGUCUGUUCUACUGCCUGUGGAUGCAGGACAAACCACUGCUCCAGGAGGAGCUGUCGAACCAAAUCUCCAACCUGAUCCACAGCUUCCGCGAUAUUGAUGGACAGUUGUUAUACCUGGAGAGCUUCCUGCAGACCUUCAAAAGAGAGUGGACUGGUAUCGACAGGCUGCGGAUGGACAAGUUUUUCCAGCUGGUGCGCUUCAUGUUCAGACAGACCUUUGAGAUGCUGAAGAGGAAAAACUGGGAGAGCUGUGCGGUUGGCAGGUUUGUGGAGCUGCUGACGGCACAGCUCCUGCAGAGCAGCAGCGGGGCCCCCAGCGGGCUGCAGUUCCACAUCCUGGACCUUUACAUGACUGAACUGGCAGCUGUGGGUUCAGCAGAGCUCACUGCAGAUCAGAACCUGAUAUUCAUCCAGCCGUUCUGCAAAACAGCAGCUAAGACCAAGGAUCGGUCUCUUUUCAGCGCCAUCUGCAACAGCAUCUUCAGCACCAUUAUCGACCAGGCUCCCUUCGCUAUUGAAGAUUUAAUGAAGGAGGUGAAAGCUGAGGCCUCAGACUCCGACUCGGGACAGGCUUCUGAAGAGGACGACAAAGAAGACCAGCUGAAAGGGAAAAUGAGCAAACCAGUCGCGAAGAAAGGGACACAGAAGCAGAUAAACGGCAAUAUAUCAAAUGAAGAAGAGGGUGAUGAUGAUGACGACAACGACGACGACGAGCUUCUUCACUUGGAAGAAUCCGACAGCGAGGAGUCAUGUGAUGAAGAUGUUGAACCAGUCCUACAGUUUGACUACGCGGCCCUGGCAGACAAGCUGUUUGAGUUAGCCAGUCGGAGCAGCACCCCCAGCCAGAACCGACAGAGACUCUACAAAAUCAUCAGAGUUCUGCGGGACCUCAACGAAGGCAUCUUUCCUCAGGAUGAGUAUCCAGAGGAGGUCUCCACGGAUGAGGAUGAUGAAAUGUUCGGCAGCAGGAAGAGGAUGAAGAGACGAGGACGUCGCAUGGAUGAGGAGGAGGAUGAGGGCGUGCCGGUGAAGAAAAGUAAAGGGAAGAAAAAGGAGGCAUCCACACUCAACAAGCAAAACGAGGAGCCGGUGAAAGAUGACAAGGAACCAGCUGACCUAACUGCAAAUAAUGAAACCAAAAAGAAGAGGAGGAAGAGGAAGAAGAAAAAGAAGGCAGUGCAGGGUGGAAGUGCAGGUGGUGAGGGAAAUGCAGAGAGGUCUGAACAGGCUCAAGCUCAAAUUAAAGAGACGGAAGGAGGUGCAGAGUGUUCACAAACGGAAGAUUUAGAAAAGGAAGCGCCGACAAAGCAAAGCUCCGUCUCAUCUGUAGAAGUGACAGUGGCAGCUACUCCCGAGGGCCAGAGGGAAACUCUGCUCGUCUCCGAAGUAAAGAAACCGCCUACAGUUACAGUCACAGAAGAAACUAGCCCACCCGCUCCCCGCACGACUGACAACAAGGACCAAUCGGAACAGUUCUCAAAGAACAAGAAAAAGAGGGAGACUUCUGAGCUCAAACCUGCAGCAGCAGAAGAGCAGCAGCCCGCUGUCCCAACAGAGCCGGAGACACCCUCUAAUGCUGACGCUACAGUCUCUGGGAAGAAGAAAAAGAAGGUGGGCCUGAAGGCUAAGUCCCAAACGGACGAGAUUGUGGCCAAAUCGCAGCUCGACGCAGAAGCAGAGAUCAUACCAGUAAGUAGCGAGGAGUCAGCUGAAAAGAAUGUACCGGACAUCGAUGCGCCAACCCCCGCCAAGAAGAAAAAGAAGAACCUGAAGGCAGAGAAGAAUCUCACGGAGGUCGAGGUCGAAGCACAAGUCAAUGGCGUCGGCACAGAAGUAGAUUUCCCAUUAAAACGUUGUGAGGGUCCGGUGGAUGCAGGCCUUGAAGCUUUACCUGCUGCAGAUGAAAGCACCGUAACCCCACUGAAGAAGAAAACAAAAAAGGAUCAAAAAGAAUCUGAGACUUCAGCCGCGGCGGUGGAUACUGAGGAACUGCCGUGUGAGGUCAGCAUGACAACGCCAGCAAAGAAGAAGAAGAAGAAGAUGAUGGCGGAAGCCCAAGUGGACGAGAAAGAUCACACCCAGUCACCGGCGGUUGGCAGUGUUGAUGCAGAACUCCCGUCUGAUGAAAUGGUCUCUUCCUCUGGGAAAGCGGUCAAGAAGAAGAAGAGGAAGAUCCCUGUGGUGUUUGAGUACGAGGCCGAUGAGCUGGAGGCGGCUGCCCAGGAGGCUACAGCGAUCAAAGGCCUCGCAGAAGAAGAAACUGUUGCCAAGAAGUUAAAACCAGGCAGGGAUGUUGGAGAGCCAGCCACACCUCUGCGCACUAAAAAGUCACAAAAGAAGCCAAAGACUACCUCCGCGUCUGACUUCAUCACCUUUCAGAGCAAUACUACAGUCCCGACACCACUCUUUUGCAAAACCAAGGGGAGCCCCAGCACCCCGCUGUCCAGCAAGAAGAAGAGUCAAACUCCCAAAUCAGAAUCCAAGAAGGUGACCUUCGGUCUCAAGAAUAAUAAGACUGCUGAGUUUAGGAAGACCGAUCGCAGCCUUCUGCUGAGUCCAGACGGGUCAUCACGAGUGCCCUUUGACCCAAAGCAGAAACCCAAGUUUGGGGUCUUAAAGUCUCCGCCCACACCACUCUCUGCCAGAAAGACCCCCAAGGCCAACAGGAAGACCAGCUCCAAUACUCCAAAGAGCACACCUAAAAGACGCCCCACAGCAGCAGACUUCUUCUAACGUUCCCCGCUGACAGACUGUAGAUAACAGAUGUAAUGCUCUCUGUGAACUCGUCAAUAGACUCAUUUCAAUUACAUCCUCUUUUGGAGAGAGAUAUAUAGAAGUAUUUUUAUGUUUAUCUGAUCUGUUGUUUUUUGCCUCUUUGAGUGGCUCGACGUUUUAAUAAAGUUACUCCCUUUUCCAAUGU